AUGGACGACGCAGCCGCCCAAGCAUACCUCUCACAGGCGGCCAAAGCCGCCCAAGACCGGCUCAUGUCGCACCCGCGCGCGCAGUUCGAGUCGCACCUCCUGGAAGAGGCGCAGGCCAUGCUCCAAGCCGUGGCCGAAGGCCUGUGCUCCGUCGAGGUCGACGUUUCGAUCCUCGACGCCGCGCGGAGCGUGGUCAAGCACCGCUGGCAGGCCGCCGGCUUGUGGCCGUGGGACCCGCUGCUGCGCUCGCCGCCGGCCGACGGCACCGAGUGGGCCAGGCCGAGGGCGCGCAACUCGGCCCCCUGCGCCGCCGGGGCGCCCAUGGCGCUCCUCGCGCUCGAGAUGGGCGUGCGCCGGUGGCGGCGGGGCCUGCGCGGCGGGAGGGAGGCGCUCGGCUCGCUGGACGAGGCGCUCCCUGCCAACAUCAACGAUGUCGUCUACGGUGAGGUCGUGAACGAGUGGCGGAGGCGGGGCAUAUGGGACCAGACGUGGGUCUGCCUGCCGGGCCAGCUGUGGAAGCACCAGCGGCCGUUGGAGGACGUGCUGUUUGAGCAGCUGGGUGAGCCGCCGGCCGGCGUGGGGGCUGACCAGGUUGUGGCUCUGCGGUUUGAAGUGCCGGAUGGACUUCAUCUUUUCGUGAACCAGCCUGCUGCCGUCAGAGCUGAUGGAGAGUGGUAUGAUCCGCCGCCGGCCUAUGAGCAGUAUGAGCAACGCGAUGUUCAGGCAGUGAGUCCAGUAACAACCGCACCACAGCAUCCUUCCAGUCGUAGACGCGAAUCACGCGAUAACAUGCGACCCGAGUCAAGGGCAGCGGUAGCGCAUCGGCGCCGACAGCGUCGUCGACCGCGGGCCCGCUCACCGUCUCCGCACCCAUAUUUGGGCAGGGAGCGAGACUUUUGA